CCACCGCCUAAACCUCUCCCCGCGAAGGCAGCGCGACAGGCGAGCGACAGACGAGCGGUUGACAGAAGAGUGACCGACGGGGAGUCGUCAAGUUCCGAGAUGCGCCGCGGCGGCGCGCUGGCGGUGCUGCCGCUGCUGCUGCUGGUGAUGGGCGUGCGGGGGGCGAUGGCAGAGGACGACGAAGAGCCCCCGCCCGCCCCGCGGUUGGAGGACGAGCCGGAACCGCCCACGAGGCCGUACUACCCCGGCCCCGGCGUGUGGGCCAAACCGGCGGCGGAUUCAGGCAUCGAUGUGGGGUUUGUGCCCCUCCGGCUGUAUGCGCAGCUUGUGUUGCGUGAGCGUGCGUUGGUGUGCGAGGGUGUGCUUGUUGCGUUGGCGAGCGCGUGCUGGUGCAGUGUGGCGGUGUGUGUGCGUUAUGAGGGUUGCUGCGUGCUGCGCUGUGCGAGCGUGCUGACGCGAGUGUGCGGUGUGAGCGUGGGUUGGUGUGCGCUGAUGUUGCAGAAGCGCCACACGGAGGCGGUGCGCCUGCUGCCGCGGAGCGCGGCCUACGCCGACGCCAAGACGGCGGAGGAGGUGGCGGCGGCGCCGCGCCUGCGUCAGGUGCUCUCCUCCAAGAAGAUCCAAGAAGUGUACAGCGAAGAGGGCUACUCGGACUCUGGCUACGACCACGGGGACUACGGGCGCACCGCGCAUCAGGAGGAGGACUACGAGCGGAAGGAGCGCGAGAAGAAGCCUCACGUGCACCACCGCUCGCGGCCCCGCGCCCGCGCCCGCGGCCACUACGACGACGCCCACGCGGCCGGCUCCUCCACCGUCACGCGCGUCGCCUCGCCGCUCCCGCGCAGCCGCCACAGGAUGUCGCACCGCCAGGAGAUCACGUACGCGGUGACGGAGGUGCACGACGCCCUGCCGCUCGCGUCGGCGCCGCAGCCGGCCCGCGUCGCCAUCCCGGCGCUCGACGCCUUCCGCCGGACCGCGCCCAGGCUGCAGCGGCGCAGCGACGACGGCGGACACGACGAGGAGCCGGAAGCGGCGCCCAGUGAGGUCGCAGAAGAGGAGGAGGAGGAUGAUGACGAGUCGGCGGAGAGUGAAGAGUUCGAGAGCAGGAAAAGCGAUGCCCCGCCCCCCUCGGCCCCUCCGCCGACUGAAGCGGCGUCUCCGGGCGAGGCGGAGCCGACGGCUGAAGCCACCCACGCGGACGCACGCCCUUCCGGCCCACCCGUGUGGUCGGAGGAGUUCCUCAAGUCGCUGCCCCUGCAGCUGCCGGGCGUGGCGGGGGAGGACGGCGGCGGCGGCGCGUCGGGGGAGGAGGAGGAGGAGGUGGGGUUCCUGCCCGUGCGCGCCAUGGCCAAGCCGGCGCUGUCGGCGUCGGGCCCCACGGAGCAGGAGAAGCUGUGGCGGCGCAUCCAGGCGACGUACGCCAUCCCGCUGGUGGACGGGCGCCCGGUGCAGCCGGCGCGCGCGCUCAAGACGUCCGGGCGCAGCGUGGCGCUGGGCGCGCUGCCGCCGCAGCUGGUGCAGCCCACGCCUGCGCCCGCGCAGCCUCGCGGCGCCAUCGCACCACCCGACCAGCGCCAGCCUCCAACUGCGGACGAGACGCCGGCCCCCGACAACAAACUGAAAGCCCACUCCGCCGAGCAGCAAAGGCUGCCGCCGCCGCCGCUGAAGCCCAAAGAAGCGCAACAAUGGGGGAUCGUGCCUUUCUCGGAGCCUGCCACCACUGCGUCCACGAGGAUCGACGACCGAACUGCGGACCCCAGGCAGUCGAAACUUAAAGGGUAUUCUCCAUUGCAGCAGGAGCUUUCGAGGGUUAAUAAAGACAACGUAGAUACAUACUACAAUACGAAAGGGAACGAGGGGUGGAAACCGCUCCCAUACUACGAUCCGAAAUCCGCUUCUGGUGGAAGCAAGGUGGAAGAUAAAGCACCAAGUGCCGACAGAACAUUGCCAUAUUCUGCCAGUGGGAAAGAACCGCAGAUUCUAAAUACCGAGGUUGCGGCGACAUCGAAUUUUGAAGUCUCCCCAGAGCAAUUGAAGGAAAGUAAAGAAAGCGGAAUUUUGCCUUACUUCGAUUCUAAAGUUACAUCUUCCCCUCAAGCAGAUGAAACCGUUUCCGAAGUUCAAUCCGAAAACAAACCGCAAAAUGCAGAUGACGAGGAACCAUGGCGACCAAUUCCUAGCGAAACUCCUACUCGAGAUGACUACGUAAACAAGGAUCGGGCAAACGAAGAACGACUGGAAGAAGAAGGAAACGAGAACGUGGAAACGGAGGAGAGAGCCCCACGUGAACAAGAUAGCGAGGAACAUGAAGAGGAGCAGAACGAAAGAAGAGAGAAAGCUGAAGGGAGUGAAGAGGAAAAGGUUCAAAGGGCGGAAGAUGAGGAGGAGCGAGAUCUCUGGGGAUUCGUUCCUUACUUUGAAUCUAAAAUCACGUUUCCCUCCUUCAGAGAGCAGCUUUUGGGAGAUAAAAAGGAAGAAGGCACAAAGUCAAGGAUGCAAAAGAUCAAAUUCAAAUCUUGGGGGGUGAUUCCGUCUUACUCGGGCCCUGAGAUAGAAAUUCCUGAAAUACCCAAGCCCGUGGAAAGCAGAAAGAUAUUUCCACCUCCAAAAGAAAACAUUAGACAGAGACCUCCCGAAGCACCAACUUCAUCAUCGGAAAUUCAACUACCACAACCAACAGCCUACGAAGCCCCUCCAAACCAACCUCCUGUACAUCGUGACAUGACAACGUUCGUGCCAAUUAAGGUCGUUUCCUCCACUGGUUUUAUUGAAACCAAGAUGGUACCAAAGGAGGAAGUUCGACAAGAAGACAUUAUGACAGAAAAACCACAAGUCCCUUAUCAAGAGCAAUCACGAGAGUUAUAUAAAGAACAACCACGAUUGCCUUAUGGCGAACAACCGCGAGUUUCACAUGAAGAACAGCCUCGUGUCUCAACUGCAGGGCAAUCAAGAGCUUCAUAUGAUGGACAACCUCGAGCCUCGUAUGAAGAGCAACCACAAGCCCCAUAUAAAGAACAACCUCAAAUAUCGUAUGGAGAGAAAUCAGGUGCCUCGUAUGGAGAGCAACCACAAGCCUCAUAUAAAGAGCAACCUCAAAUAUCUUAUGGAGAUAAAUCAGCAGCCUCAUAUGAAGGACAACCACAAGUCUCAUAUAAAGAGCAACCACAAGUAUCAUAUGGAGAAAAGUCACCAACAUCAUAUGAAGAGCAACCACGAGUCGCAUAUGGAGAGCAACCACAAGCCUCAUAUAAAGAGCAACCACAAGUAUCUUAUGGGGAUAAAUCACCAACUUCAUAUGAAGAGCAACCGCAAGCCUCAUAUAAAGAGCAACCCCAAGUUUCUUAUGGAGAUAAAUCUCCAACCUCAUAUGGAGAGCAACCACAAGCUUCCUAUAAAGAGCAACCACAAGCAUCUUAUGGAGAUAAAUCACCAACUUCAUAUGAAGAGCAACCACAAACCUUAUAUAAAGAACAACCAAAAGACUCGUAUGAAGAGCAACCAGUAGAUGUAGUUCCAUAUUUCGAAUCCAAUUUUACGUCUGCUGCUGAUAAAGAGAGAUCCGCAGAGGAAGACAAAGAAACGUUACGUCGGCUUCUGAUACUCCCCCCACCGCUACCAGAAGUGCAAACCAAGUUCCAGACUCCCACUCCUUUGGUCUUCGGAAUCCUUCCCAAAACCAACAAUCUGCCCCAAAUUGGGACGAUUGCCCCGCUGCAUUUCGGCAUCUUCCCCAAAUCCACACCUGCUCCCGCCGCCUACGAGUCGACGAAGAUAUCGCCAAACCGCAUCCUGCCCAUGUCGUCCCGGACAGUGAACCAAACUGUGAAUGCCACAGACGAGCAACCAGCUGCUUCCGAUAUCAAACCUGCGGUGACACCGCUGCCACUGAGUCUGUACCCGGGAGAAAUAUUCCGAUCGUCACCUCGCGUGCAGGCGGCAGGUCAGGCCAAAGCGGAGGCGUCCGAAACCGUUAGCGCGACCGUCACCAUUCCACCCAUCACCAACUCCACGGAGAUCAUCGUGGAGACGAUCGAGGAUAUGGAUAUCCCGCAACCGCCCCCUCCCAGGAAAGACGGGUGGGCACCGACGUAUCCGGUUUUGGCGCACAUCCCAACGGAGUACAUGUCCCAGUACCUCCCUCUGGUGGCCACCGGGGCGUCAUCGAUGGCUUCGUUGCUUAGCGUUCUUCAAGCGCAAUCUUCUCUUGCGUCGGCCGAAAACAGACGGUCCGACGCGGAUGACGAAGAUUUCACCUCCUCCGGGUCCAUUUUAUCCAAUGACACCAUUCCAAUGGUGAUUUGGGUUCCGCUCAACACAACACUUGGAACGUCUCUGCUGAAGCUUCAAGGACUACCACCCACGCCCACCCUCGCGUCCCAAAAGCCGGCCAGUGCCCCGCCUGAACCCUACUACAUCCCGUCCUCGUCGCCGUCUAGCGCCGUCCUCACCGCCCCGUCCACGUCCUCGCCUUCCACGCCGCCUACGGAAGCCCUGCACAGCGCGGCCUCUGGGGAUUCCGUGAGGUCGCUGUGGGGAGGACCGACCUUCUGGGAGGACGCUCCGCAACUCACUCCGGAAGCCACCGACACCUUGGAGAAGCUGAACACCGAAUACAAAGCAAUCCUCAACGACAAGACUGGAACGAAUGCCAGUUCUCCAUCCACAGACGGCGGGUCUGAUUCUCCAGCUGAGUCCAACACAACCUCGGCUGUGAACCUCACUACGACGUCGUCGACGGAAUCGUCCACCUCUUCUACGACGUCGGCGACCACCACUCCGUCCGCAGUCGUCCAGCUGGCGUCGGUGGCGACGACGACGCUCGCGCUGACCUCCGGCGGACAGACAACCGACAACUCGACCGCCGAGGAGGAGGCCACGACAACCGCGUCUCCCGAGGCGACGACCAGCGGCAAACGCUACCACGUGGAGCUGUCGAGGGAUAACCGCCCACAGCAGGAGCAACAGGCGGCAGAGGCGGAGACCACAGAGGUAUGA